GAACCUGUGCUGCUUCAGACACUGGCCCCCACAAAGCUUGGGUUGCGCACAUCAUCAUGGCGGGGUUACACUUGAUGAACGAAUGACGUUUCUGAGGUGCCAGCCACCUGCAUAACGGCCUCUCCACCCCGUAUCUGAGAUACUCCGUAGACGCCCUCGGUUUUCAAGUAUAUUGAAAAAAAAAACAUCUCUGCCCAUCCCUGCAGAAACUCGCCCACAUUGAUGCCGUCUGCAGUCCGGGCGUCGCAUACUUCCUCAUUCUUACUAGUCCUGCUCCUGUUCGUCGCCUUCUUCCCGGGGGUGUUCCACUACCUGUUCUGGUCCCUCCCUCUGGCAGUAAUCACCGCAGACCCGUCCCGUUUGAGCUUCACGUCAUCAGCACGGGAUCCCUCGUUCUCCUCCCGCAGCCGCUACGCAUCCUCGCCGUCGGCCAGGAUGAGCUGGUUUCAGACGCAGUUCACACUCCCCGCCAGGGCUCGCGGCUCGUAUCUCAUCACGGAUACGGUCACCAAGGAGCUGCCCGAGAUCAAAAACUACAAGGUCGGGCUGCUCCACCUCUUUGUCCAGCACACCAGCUGCGCCCUGAGCUUGAACGAGAACUGGGAUGCCGACGUGCGCGAAGACAUGAGCAACGCCCUCGAUCGGAUCGCCCCAGAUGCCGGCCCCAAGGGCGAGGAGCUCUACCUGCACGGUGCAGAGGGCCCAGACGACAUGCCUGCUCACAUAAAGUCGGCACUGAUCGGCGCCUCCGUCUCAAUCCCAAUCUCCAACGGCAAGCUAGCCACGGGAACCUGGCAAGGUAUUUGGUAUCUUGAGUUCAGAGCCCACAAGCACUCGCGCAAGAUUGUUGCCACGAUCCAAGGCGAGAAGAUGUAGAUCUCUCUGAUCGUACCAUAGUCCGGUUCUUCAGUAGGGAAGAGGUAAACAACUAUCUCUUCGUUUCGAGACUGUCUGUCAAUGAAAACCUAAUAUUUUCGAGCA